AUGAAUUUCAUUAAGUUAAAUGAAGAAUCGGUGAGGGAAUCUAAUAAAAAUCUAUCAAUCAAUUUAUGCAUUAAUAAUUUUUAUUCACUUGAAAGAAUUCAUAAUUUUAAUAGGUCAAGUCAAUAAUAAAAAGCAUAAUAGAUGAUUCAAGGUAAAAAAUUACUUAAUUAAAUAAUAAAUUGGAAUCAAAAUAAAAAUAUAAAAGGGUUGUGGAUAUUUUAAAAUCAAUAAAAGGUGUGUACAUGAAUUAAUAUAUAUUAGAAAAUAAAAUUAGUGAAAAAUAUAAUAUACCUUAAUUAAUCUAGCAAUGUAAAACUGAAUAAAAAACUUAAAAAAAGUGAUGUGUUAAAUGAGUAAAAAAAAGACAAGUUUCAAUUGAUUGUGGAAUAUUUGGAUUUUAUAAAAGCGAUUGCAUUAUUUAAAAUGAAUAGAUUUGAAGAAGCAUUGGAGUAUUAUGAUUCAGCUAUUCAGAAAAACCCAGAAAAUGCAGAUUUUUAUAAAGGCAAAGGUAUAAUUUAAUGAUGUAUAUAUUUGUUUAGCGAUUGCAUUAAAAAAAAUGAAUAGAUUUGAAGAAGCAUUGGAGUAUUAUGAUUCAGCUAUUCAGAAAAACCCAGAAAAUGCAGAUUUUUAUAAAGGCAAAGGUAUAAUUUAAUGAUGUAUAUAUUUGUUUAGCGAUUGCAUUAAAAAAAAUGAAUAGAUUUGAAGAAGCAUUGGAGUAUUAUGAUUCAGCUAUUCAGAAAAACCCAGAAAAUGCAGAUUUUUAUAAAGGCAAAGGUAUAAUUUAAUGAUGUAUAUAUUUGUUUAGCGAUUGCAUUAAAAAAAAUGAAUAGAUUUGAAGAAGCAUUGGAGUAUUAUGAUUCAGCUAUUCAGAAAAACCCAGAAAAUGCAGAUUUUUAUAAAGGCAAAGGUAUAAUUUAAUGAUGUAUAUAUUUGUUUAGCGAUUGCAUUAAAAAAAAUGAAUAGAUUUGAAGAAGCAUUGGAGUAUUAUGAUUCAGCUAUUCAGAAAAACCCAGAAAAUGCAGAUUUUUAUAAAGGCAAAGGUAUAAUUUAAUGAUGUAUAUAUUUGUUUAGCGAUUGCAUUAAAAAAAAUGAAUAGAUUUGAAGAAGCAUUGGAGUAUUAUGAUUCAGCUAUUCAGAAAAACCCAGAAAAUGCAGAUUUUUAUAAAGGCAAAGGUAUAAUUUAAUGAUGUAUAUAUUUGUUUAGCGAUUGCAUUAAAAAAAAUGAAUAGAUUUGAAGAAGCAUUGGAGUAUUAUGAUUCAGCUAUUCAGAAAAACCCAGAAAAUGCAGAGUAUUAUAAAGGCAAAGGUAUAAUUUAAUGAUGUAUAUAUUUGUUUAGCGAUUGCAUUAAAAAAAAUGAAUAGAUUUGAAGAAGCAUUGGAGUAUUAUGAUUCAGCUAUUCAGAAAAACCCAGAAAAUGCAGAUUUUUAUAAAGGCAAAGGUAUAAUUUAAUGAUGUAUAUAUUUGUUUAGCGAUUGCAUUAAAAAAAAUGAAUAGAUUUGAAGAAGCAUUGGAGUAUUAUGAUUCAGCUAUUCAGAAAAACCCAGAAAAUGCAGAUUUUUAUAAAGGCAAAGGUAUAAUUUAAUGAUGUAUAUAUUUGUUUAGCGAUUGCAUUAAAAAAAAUGAAUAGAUUUGAAGAAGCAUUGGAGUAUUAUGAUUCAGCUAUUCAGAAAAACCCAGAAAAUGCAGAUUUUUAUAAAGGCAAAGGUAUAAUUUAAUGAUGUAUAUAUUUGUUUAGCGAUUGCAUUAAAAAAAAUGAAUAGAUUUGAAGAAGCAUUGGAGUAUUAUGAUUCAGCUAUUCAGAAAAACCCAGAAAAUGCAGAUUUUUAUAAAGGCAAAGGUAUAAUUUAAUGAUGUAUAUAUUUGUUUAGCGAUUGCAUUAAAAAAAAUGAAUAGAUUUGAAGAAGCAUUGGAGUAUUAUGAUUCAGCUAUUCAGAAAAACCCAGAAAAUGCAGAUUUUUAUAAAGGCAAAGGUAUAAUUUAAUGAUGUAUAUAUUUGUUUAGCGAUUGCAUUAAAAAAAAUGAAUAGAUUUGAAGAAGCAUUGGAGUAUUAUGAUUCAGCUAUUCAGAAAAACCCAGAAAAUGCAGAUUUUUAUAAAGGCAAAGGUAUAAUUUAAUGAUGUAUAUAUUUGUUUAGCGAUUGCAUUAAAAAAAAUGAAUAGAUUUGAAGAAGCAUUGGAGUAUUAUGAUUCAGCUAUUCAGAAAAACCCAGAAAAUGCAGAUUUUUAUAAUGGCAAAGGUAUAAUUUAAUGAUGUAUAUAUUUGUUUAGCGAUUGCAUUAAAAAAAAUGAAUAGAUUUGAAGAAGCAUUGGAGUAUUAUGAUUCAGCUAUUCAGAAAAACCCAGAAAAUGCAGAUUUUUAUAAUGGCAAAGGUAUAAUUUAAUGAUGUAUAUAUUUGUUUAGCGAUUGCAUUAUUUAAAAUGAAUAGAUUUGAAGAAGCAUUGGAGUAUUAUGAUUCAGCUAUUCAGAAAAACCCAGAAAAUGCAGAUUUUUAUAAUGGCAAAGGUAUAAUUUAAUGAUGUAUAUAUUUGUUUAGCGAUUGCAUUAUUUAAAAUGAAUAGAUUUGAAGAAGCAUUGGAGUAUUAUGAUUCAGCUAUUCAGAAAAACCCAGAAAAAGCAGAGUAUUAUUAAGGCAAAGGUAAUUACUAAACUUUAAUUUUUAAAGCCAAUACUUUAUACCUAUUAAGAAAUUUUGAUUCAGCACAAAAAUAUUGUGAUUAUGCAAUUUAGAGGGACAAUAAUAAUCCCAAUUAUAAAUUAUUCUAAAGUAAUAUUCAUAAAUUAUAAAUAGGUUUAUUAUAAAUUUCGAAACACAAUAAAUAUUGA